GAGAGAGAAAGAGAACGAGAAGAAGAAGAUGGAAGGCCAACAACAAGUGGAGCAGCAGAUUAAAUCUAAAGCGGUGAAGGUUGAUUCUGUGGAGUCAUGGGACUCAUUUGUUGGCCAAGCCACCAAUCAAGGCUGCCCUAUUGUUGUACACUUCACUGCUUCAUGGUGCAUGCCUUCUGUGGCUAUGAACCCAUUUUUCGAAGAGUUGGCCUCAAGCUUCCCAGAUGUUCUGUUUCUCACUGUUGAUGUUGAUGAAGUCAAGGAGGUAGCAAGUAGAUUGGAGAUAAAGGCCAUGCCUACUUUUUUGCUGAUGAGGGAUGGAGCUCAAGUGGACAAACUUGUGGGUGCCAAUCCAGAGGAGAUAAGGAAAAGGGUAGAAGCUUUUGUUCACUCUUUCCGUGUAUAUGUUUCCUAGUUCAUUUCAGUGUUUGUGUGUAUGCUUGCGCUGCAUCAUGUAAAAAUAACUACUUUGGAAUGAUUGUAUAAGAUUUGGAUGUCUAUGUUAAAAUUGGGAACUUUGGAACAUGUAUAUAUGUGUGCCUUUAAGAUUUCAAUUAUUGGUUUAUGUA